UUCAUUCUAGCGCAUUAUAGAUUGGCAGUUAUAAAUCUUGUUGAGCAUUCAUUCAAAAAGAGUUAUUUGAUGGUUGUCGGUAGGGAAUGUCAAUAGGAGUGGCCAAUAGGAAUGUCCACGGGAGAGGAUGCGGCGUUAGUUAGAGGACACGAGGACUUCGGUUAUUUUGUUAUCGAAGUAUUUCGACAAUUUAAUUUGCUUUGGGACGUAUUGGAUUUAGUUUCGGAGAACAUUUUUCUGCUUUAAGUGAUUAGUUUUUCUUGUGGUUGAAAUUUUAUGUGUGCUUUAUAAAUUACUAUAAUAAUAUAUGUGAUGAAAAUUUUUGGUAUUAGGCUUCCCAUGCUUAGAGAAGAAUAUGCCCUUAGUUUUUGUGGUAUUUUUGUGGCUUGUCAUCAUGUGUUGGAUUCGAAAAAUCAGGUCUUGGGCAUGACAACUUUUGUGGAUUGAGAUGGGUAAGGCACAAAUAGAUUUGGAGGAGGGAUGGGGCGUCAUAGAGAAAGGGAUCACAAAGGUUAAGAGCACCUUGGAAGGGCGAGAUGAAACCCCCCUUAAUUCCGAGACAUAUGUUAGAAUCUACACAACUAUCUUCACCUUGAGCACACAGUCUCAUCCUUAUAACUACGUGAAUGAACUGCAUGACAAGUAUAAAGCGUCGCUUGAAGACUACAUCACUUCAACGCUCUUGCCUUUGCUGAGAGAGAAGUACGAUGAAUUCUUGUUGAAGGAGCUAGUAAAACAAUGGUCAAAUUAUAAACUUAUGGUCCAAUGGCUUUCACAUUUUUUCCACUAUGUUGAACGUUACCGCUCUCAAAAGCAAUCAGCUUCGAGUCUUACUACUAUUGGUAUAAUAUGUUUUCGCAAUCUGGCUCAUAGAGAGGUCAAAUGCGAAGUAAAAGAUAUUGUGAUCUCUUUGAUCAAUCAAGAACGUGACGGCGAGCAGAUUGAUAGAGCUUUGGUGAAGAAUAUCUUGGAUAUCUUUGUUGAAAUUGGACUGUCAGAUAUGGACUGCUAUAAAGAUGAUUUUGAAGAUUUCUUUCUUACGCGUACUUGUGGAUAUUAUUCUCGAAAGGGUUCAGAUUGGUUUUGGGAGAAGUCAUUCUCAGAUUACAUGCGAACUGCCGAGGAGUGCUUAAAGAGGGAAAUGGAUAGAGCUGCCCGUUACUUGCGUCCUAGUAGCAAAGUGAAGGUGUACAAGGAAGUGGAAGAGCAGUUACUAACUGUAUAUGCUAGUCAGCUUUUGGAGAGGGAAAAUGGUGGUUGCCGUGAAUUGUUUCGACAUGAUAUGGUGGAUGAUCUUUCAAGAAUGUAUAGGCUCUUUAAUAGGAUGACUUAUCCGUUAGGUCUAAUUUUGCACAUUUUCAAGCAGCAUAUCAUUGCCGAAGGUACCGCUGUGGUCAUGCAAGCAGAGAAUGCAGCUAAGAAUAAGCAGGCAGAUAAAAAGGAUGUCGUUGGUUUUAGCGAACAGAUUUUUGUUGGAAAAGUUAUUGAGCUUCACGACAAAUACUUGGUGUACGUGAAUAAUUGCUUCCAGAGUCACUCCCUUUUCCAUAAGGCGCUCAGAGAUGCCUUUGAGGCUUUCUGCAACAAGAACAUUGCAGGUAGUUCAAGUGCUGAGUUGCUGGCUAACUUUUGUGAUAAUGUACUAAAGAAGGGUGGAAGCGAGAAACUAAGUGAUGAAGCUAUUGAAGAGAUUCUUGAGAAGGUCGUAAAGUUGCUUGCUUUUUUCCACGACACGGACCUCUUUGCUGAAUUUUAUAGGAAAAAGCUCGCUAAGAGGUUGCUUUUUGACAGAAGUGCUAAUGAUGAUCAUGAGAGGAGUAUUCUCACAAAGUUGAAGCAGCAGUGCGGAGGACAAUUCACCUCAAAAAUGGAGGGAAUGCUUUCUGAUCUUACACUUGCGAGAGAAAAGCAAGCAAGCUUUGAGGAAUAUUUACAAUCUAACCCUAAUGUGAAGCUGGGUUUAGAUUUCACGGUGAUCACCUUGACAACUGGGUUCUGGCCAAGUUACAAAUCUUUUGAUCUCAACCUUCCUGCUGAGAUGCUUAAAUGCGUUGGGGUUUUCAAGGAGUUUUACACAACAAAAACCAAAUGUAGGAAGCUUUCAUGGAUAUUUUCGUUAGGCACUUGCAACAUCGUUGGUAUGUUUGAGUCCAAAACUGUGGAGCUGAUCGUCACAACCUAUCAGGCCGCUCUUCUUCUGUUAUUCAAUUCCUCAGAUAGAUUGAGUUAUUCAGAUAUUGUAGCACAACUUAACUUGUCGGAAGAAGAUGUAGUGAGAUUGCUUCAUUCCCUUUCCUGUGCGAAAUACAAGAUUCUCGUGAAAGAGCCGGAUACCAAAACCAUCUCUCCAACUGAUGUUUUCGGGUUCAAUUUGAAGUUCACCGACAAGAUGAGAAGAAUCAAGAUACCUCUUCCGCCAGUUGAAGAGAAGAAAAAGGUAGUUGAAGAUGUCCACAGAGAUAGAAGAUUUUACAUUGACGCCGCAAUUGUGCGUAUCAUGAAGAGCCGUAAAGCUUUAAGUCAUCAACAGCUGGUUACAGAGUGCGUCGAACAGCUUAGUCGCAUGUUCAAGCCGGACUUGACGGCGAUAAAGAAGCGGAUCGAGGAUCUCAUCGUGAGAGAGUACUUGGAAAGAGAUACGGAAAAUCCUAAUGUGUACAGAUACUUGGCUUGAUCGACAGCAUCGUCCCCCCCC